CGUCACGUCAGGUCCAUGACUUCCGGCGGAAGAAGAAGCCGGUUCCGGGUUUUGGCCGACUGCAGGCGAGAAGUAUGUGGUGAGGACUCUCUGAAAGUUUGCUGAUUUGAGAAGGCGCACUUCUUGUUCAAUGGAUGAUGGCAUUUGAGCAGAUCCCAAAAAAGGAUUGGUACAGCAUUCUGGGGGCAGACCCAUCUGCCAGUGUGUCAGACCUAAAACAAAAGUAUCAAAAACUCAUAUUAAUGUAUCAUCCAGAUAAACAAAGUGCAGAUGUGCCAGCAGGAACAGUGGAGCAAUGUAUACAGAAGUUCAUCGAAAUUGAUCAGGCAUGGAAAAUUCUAGGGAAUGAAGAGACAAAAAAAGAGUAUGACCUGCAGCGGCAUGAAGAUGAUCUAAGAAAUGUGGGACCAGUAGAUGCUCAAGUAUAUCUUGAAGAAAUGUGUUGGAACGAAGAUGAUGACUCUUUUUCUCUGAGUUGCCGGUGUGGUGGAAAAUACAGGGUUUCCAAGGAUGAAGCGGAAGAAGUUACCCUGAUUUCUUGUGAUACAUGUUCAUUAAUUAUAGAACUCCUUCAUUAUGGCUGAAAUUGUUCACUAAAUGAUCCUUUAACUCUGUAUUCAGACAUGUUGAAGAGAGCCCAUUCAAGUAAAUGUAUAAAGCUGAUAAAAAGAAGGAGGAUUCUUUUUUUUUGGGUCAGCUUUUAUUUGCAGAGAAAGUAUAAGACUGUCAAGCAAGGGCUACCCCAGAUUAACAGAAAAUUCAUUUAGUUAUUUAUAUGUAUUUAUACUUUCUAUUUAUAGAUCACCCCCCCC